GUUUACAGCCCCAUUUUAGGUUAACUAUUCUGGAAAUGAAAUAUUUACCAUGAACCGAAGUGAAUUAACGCAUUUGGACGUUGUUAAAUUGUUUGAGGAACGAAGUGUUGAUGAAAUUGUCGAAAUUGAAAAGCUGCUUGAUGGAGAAAUCGAGCGAAAACGUAACGACCUUCGCUCAAUGGUCGGUGACCGGUACAAGGAUAUCUUGGCCGCCUCCGAUGCAAUAAAAUCCAUGAAAACCAUCUCGGAGGACAUCGUGAGCAGUAUAGAAGAAAUCACCAAAACCUGCGAAAUGCUCAUGGAAACUCAGGAUUCUAAUGAAAGCACUGCUGAAGUCGACCAGGCAUUCCAAAAGCAAUCAAACGAAGAAAGAGUGCUACUGAUCCAAGUCAGGCUGGCCAUAUUUCUCAAUGAGCAAAUAUGGGUUGCUUUAGAUGGUGGGCGCAAUCUAGAAGCUACCCAGUACUACCUGCUUGCUCAGCACAUCUACAUGGGGCUGAACUUCACUAAAAAGGAAUACCUUGGCAAACUGCCGCUUUUGGGGCACUUGAAGCUGAAUCUAGUCACACUUCGGGCGAAAAUAUUCGAAAAAGUGACCCAAAAAUUGGAAUCUGUCGAAAUCGAUGCGGAGGAAACCAGUCAAAACCUUAACGCCCUGAUGCUCAUAGAGAACCAAACGAACGACCAGCUUUUGAAUAUUUCCAUCGAACACCGAAAAACCGCCCUGCAAACCGUCAUUAACAGCCAGUAUUCGAGCGUGCGAUUUCAAAUUGCUGCUAUGGUCAAAUGUCUUAUUACCACAGUUCUUCUGCUCCAUGAUUGCUUUGUGUGUAAGUUCAAAGAAACCGCGAGCUUUCGAGCGCAGGCUAAAAGCCCUCAAUGUCCAGACAACGACAGUAAAAGCGGCUUAUUGUGGAAACAACUGGAUAGUAUUGUCGGCCCAAGCGCGCCAGCCACUCUUUCCAAGCUAGAAUUGCCACCCACUCCUUUGAUAGCGUAUGUUCCGGAGAUUAUCAAGCAAUUCAGGCCGAAGUUGAAGCUAACAGACUCGGGGAAGCCAAACAGUGAGGCCAUUGACGCGACAAUCAUCCACAACUGGCUGGAAACCACCCAGAAAAUAGUUCAGAGUGGACUGGAGAAGAGCUUACAGCUGCUUACCACUGUCAAGGGCUUGUAUUUGGUGCGGGAGGAGUCCCUCAAAAUUGAGCUUUGCAGCUCUUGGGGCAAAGUGUGUGGCGAGCUGCAGCUCCCCGACCAUUUUGAUGUCUGGUACUACUUCUUUCAAAAGCUCCUAACCGCCAGAGCACGGGGCUUAAUUUCCACAAUCAUCCAGAACAGUAUGGUGGCGAUUCAAGCUGAUAUUGACGCUUCGCUUAAAUACGUCGAGCAAACAGAGCUGGAUUUGCGAUGGUACGCGUGGAAAGAGGAAAGUGAGGACGUGAGCAAGUUUCAAAACGAUCACGCUGGCCUCACAAUGAAAGCCAGAGGGUUUUCCAGUUCAGUGGUAAAUCUGUGCGCUGAGCUGGACAAGCGAUUUUUGGAGCUGUUGGAGGAUAUCUCCCAGUACUUAUCAGGGCAGGAGUUCAGCCCUCAGCCUGGAAUGAGGUACUUGCCGAACGACUACAAAUUUAAGCGAAAAUUCGUCGACCAGGAGGAGCUGCGGAACUACCUGAUGGACGAGUGCACUCAGCACUCUUUGAGAAUCAUUGACUAUGUCAAUGGCCGUCUAUCUGCGGAAACUGGCGCAGAUCUGGUGGCAAAAUCGCUCUUUUGUGCGCGAUUCCUGCAGGCCUGUUGCAGCUUGUGCGCGAAUUUCCGACAAUGCUGCGAGUUCGCACACGUCAGCACUGAAUGGCAGAAAGUAUGCGACCAUUUCAUGAAAACUAGCCACAGUUUAUGGCACAGUUGGCUGGAGAGUUCCGCUCAAAGCACAACGGAUUUAUCGCGAUGUAUCCGCCAGACUGGAGCUGGAAGCUCCAUAAGCCAGCUGAGUAGAUGGGACGAGAUCGAAAUCCAGGAACAGGCCGAGGAGAAGACAUUCAAGUCGCAAAUCAAAGUGCCCUUAAAACCCAGCAUUCCGUUGUCCAACGUCCUGGUCAUGCUCAACGAGGAUCUAAGUAAAGUCCUGCCGUAUACGCUGCCCAAGUCCGUUCACUUGCAAUUCAUCGAACGAAACAUGUAUGUGAUAUUACGAGAAUAUGAGCAAGUCGCUACGGAAGAGCUGAAUCAAAACCAGGCCUUGCAGGCCUUACUGGACGUUAGGUUUCUGGCAACUCUGUGCGUGCCCAGAGAAAACACGCAAAUGGUCAAACUAGCCCAAACUAUCUGUGAUAAGCUGCGUAGCAAAAUCGACCCGUUUGACCUAAACGUUUUCUACUCUUAUCUGCAGAACAACGUUCGCAAGGCUGUCAGCCAAUCGCAAACUUUGUUCGGCUGUCUUUUGCCCUCCACCAUGCAGCUGAUGAAUCUGGGAGCCUACACGAAAGCCAAAGAACAGGAGAAAAACCCCUCUUUAAUGGCUGUCAGCGCGCCGUCCACUAACGCGUGGUUCCCACUACUGCCCAUCACAGUGCCAUCACAAAAACUACCCGGGGUUUCCCAAGUUAAGCCGGAAUCGGCGAGCCCUCAAAAGCCCACGAAAUCCACCACAAAGAAGGCGCAGGAGUCCGCGUCGGCAAUGAGACAAAGCGCCGCUGCCCUAUUCGGGAGUUUCUCCACGGACUGGUUUUCGUAAUUAUGAGUAAUUUUUACGUAUUUAUAUAAACUUUUCUGCCCAAAACAGUUCGCUUGGCUAAAUCAGUGUUGUUUAAGCAGAGUGCUGUAUAUGUAUAUCAGAUUUUGUACAUAUUCCAGGCGAAAAGUUCCUAUAGACGUACGCUCAAUUCUUCAGGGUUAUUGACUUAUAAAGCGUUCAAAGUUCUUACUCUGCACAGUUUGGGUAUUUCCUGAUGUCCUGUUUCCUAAUCGGCGCAUGGCAAAAUGAUAUCUCCAGGUUGUCAGUGAACGUCAAAAAAAACCGAUUUUGUGUAAUCGUACUUUGUUGUAAAAAUCACGCCAGCGAUCGAGAAAAUACCACAAAACGACACCCGAAACGUUUAGCUUUACGGAAAUUCAUAAUUUUCCCCGGGGAAAUUAAAAAGAUGUGUAAUAUUUCGAAAUUUUUGCAGAGCUAAUCGCACCACCGUCUCUAUCCUCCGCCAUUUCACAGUCGACUAACUCGACGGAAUGACACGAGCGAACGAUUUAUAGCUCGGUAACUAUGACGUCUUGGACGUACGUUUGAAACGGCGCCUCUUGCUUAAAAUUAGGCCAGAAAAUCACACAGCACUCUGUAUUACACAUGUACUUUUAUUUGUAUAGGUAUACACAGUUAUACGUUAUACAGCGUAGUGCAUAUUGAUUGUACAGUAUUAAAAUCGAAACAAUUUAAA